AAGUACGUACCCAUUACCCAAUUUCUAUAAAAGCCCUCACCAUUGCUUCGAACAAUCAAGCAGAUAAUUUGUUUGUAGAUAAAACAAAAUAUUUACACAGAGGAAUUUGAUGGAUGCUUUAUCGGAGUUUGUUUUUCCGCCGCCGUCUUCGGCAUUUGUGAACGUGAUGACGGUGGUGAGCUCGGCGAUUGUGGCGGUGGUAGGGCUAUCGGAAGCUAGAGGGAAGCAUCUGCAGUAUUCCAAGUUCUGGAAUAAUAAUAAUAAUGCGAAUACUGAUCGGAAAUCUUUUAACUUGUCGGCUAAGUUAGGAAUGUUACUAGCUUAUAUGCCGGCGUUUCUCGUCGGCGUUGUGUCGUUUUGGUUGUUUCCAAAUGAAGAUCGGAGGAUUGUUGUGCUUAAGUCUGCUAUCGUCUUGCAUUUCUUCAAGAGAAACCUUGAGGUACUGUUUCUUCACAAAUACAGCAGCAAAAUGGCAAUAGGCUCAGUAAUUACAAUCUCCUUCAGCUAUUUCUCCUCCACAGCGAUCAUGAUAUACACUCAACACCUUUCACAAGGCCUUCUUCCGGAGCCACCCAUCGAUCUGAAAAUCAUUGGGGUUGGUUUGUUUCUGAUAGGCAUUGUUGGGAACUUUUACCAUCAUUAUCUCUUGUCAGGAACAAGGAAAGGAGGAGAAACAAGCUACAAAAUUCCCGAAGGAGGCCUCUUCAACUUUGUCAUUUGCCCUCAUUAUCUGUUUGAGAUAAUUGAGUUCUUUGGGUUUGCUUUCAUCUCUCAAACAAUUUACUCGUUGUUCUUUGCCUUAGCCACUGCUUUGUAUUUGACUGGGAGAAGCUAUGCCACUAGGAAAUGGUAUGUCUCUAAGUUUGAAGACUUCCCUAUCCAUGUUAAAGCCCUUCUCCCCUUUGUGUUCUAAUUAUGUCAAUUGUUUGUUUGUCACUAAAUUGUCUUUUUUUUUUCUCUUACUAUUCUUGUGAAGAAUUAGUUAUUCAAUGUUGUUUAUGAAGAAUUAUGUUAAUUGUU